AACGGCUCUGUCUUGAUGCUGACGUCAGCUUUAAGGCAUACGUUCACAUACAGGUCUUGAGAUUCGUUGGGGGAGUACCACCGAGCUUAAUUCAGACUGGAUUGCGAUUGAUACUCAUAGUCAAUCCUGUGACCCCUAAUUUAUUCGAAUACAGAGAAUCAAAAUGUUUGUGUGGGAUUGGUUUACAGGAGUCCUUGGCAUGCUUGGCCUGUGGAAAAAGUCUGGAAAGCUUCUCUUCCUUGGACUUGAUAACGCAGGAAAAACAACACUUUUGCACAUGCUGAAGGAUGACAGGAUGGCUCAACAUGUACCGACUCUUCACCCCACGUCAGAGGAAUUAUCGAUUGGCAACAUGAGGUUCACCACAUUCGAUUUGGGUGGCCACACUCAAGCUCGGCGGGUUUGGAAAGAUUAUUUCCCAGCUGUGGAUGCAAUUGUAUUUCUCGUCGAUGCCUUUGACACUCAACGCUUUCCAGAAAGUAAAAACGAGUUAUGCUCGCUCUUAGCCGAUGAACAAUUGGGACAUUGUCCCAUUCUUAUACUCGGCAACAAGAUCGAUAGGUCUGGAGCAGCUUCUGAAGAUCAAUUGCGUUCAUAUUUUGAGCUGCACAACACUACCGGAAAAGGCAAAAUCCCACGAUCUGACCUAUCCUCUCGGCCCUUGGAAUUGUUUAUGUGCUCAGUCCUCAAACGUCAAGGCUAUGGCGAAGGUUUCCGCUGGUUAGCUCAAUACAUUGAUUGAGAA